AUGGAGUCUCCACUGUGUGAGCAGAGGAUCACUAAGGUCUCUCUAGCUGAGAUUCUGAGGUGUUUGGAACAUCCUAUAAGUGAGGAGCAAGCCUGGGCUGUCUGCUUUCAGUGUUGCUGUAAAAUGGAGCAGCUGGCUCGGGGGUUGUACCCACCACUGCAGUCUGUGUUCGUGAAAGGCCUUGGAAGCAUCUUUAUCCAUGCUGAUGGUACUGCUUCCUUCAAGGUGUACCACAACUCUGAUGUUGGCAGCAUCCAGCAGUCAGAGGACAAGCUGCUGGAGUACUUGGGGGUGCUGAUCUAUGAAGCCCUGGACUGGGGAAUCGACAGCCAAGCAGAGCGAGAACUGAGUGAUCCUUUGGAGAAACUGCUGUGUCUCAUGUUGAAACUGGAUGAUGAGGCAAUGAAGCCAGCAGUGACCCUGCAGGAUGUUAUUAAGAGUCUGAGAAAAAUGGAUGUGGAAGAUCUGGUGGAAUAUCCCCUUCAGAAGAAGGAAAAACACUGGGCAUCCCUGUGGCCCAACAUCAUCCGUGAGCUGCAGAAUGGUGUGAGACUGCACAAGGCGACUGAGCGACCACAGCCUCAAGUGCCUUCAAAAGAAAGUAUCUGCUCUCCCUAUGAAUUACUUUUGGAUGAUAUUCAGCACAAGAGGUACACGCUUCGGAAGAUCUGUUUCAGCUGCCAUAAGCAGAUAUUUCUUAAGUGGCCUUACAGCUGUUACCUCUGCAGCAGUGUUGUCUGUUGUGACUGCUGCAUCAAGAUGUCCAUGCCUUUCAGAAUGUGUGUACAUCUUCCACUUCACUUCUUAAAACUUUUGAGACUCUCCAGAGAGGAGGACUCAGCUAUCCAAGAGCAGAAGAACUUGGAGUUGCUGCAUGAAAUAGAGCACUGGGAGUGGUUUGGUGUACCUGUUAUUUUGGAACCCCAUUGCCUAGCACAGCCUCUGUGCUGUUACACAAAGACCAUGGCAGACUGGCUGACUGCUGACAUCUGUACGCAAUGUGAGCAGUAUCUGCUGAACAUGGCUUCCAGUCAACAGCAGAGCAUCUCUCUCAGGAGAAUUUCCUGGCCUUGA